UCCACCCGGGGCCCCCUCCCCCGGGCCGCCCCCGAGUACCAAGUUGGCGGGAGCCUAUAAAAGCCCGUGGCGCGCGACCCGGGGACACACCGUGCAGACGCCAGAGCCGCCGCCGAGAGCCCCUCGCCAACUCCUGCUCUGCCCCGCUCGCCGACGCCACCAUGUCCCAUCACUGGGGAUACGCCAAGCACAACGGACCGGAUUCCUGGCACGAGAACUUCCCCAUUGCCAAAGGAGAGCGCCAGUCCCCUGUUAACAUCGACAGCAGAUCAGCCAAACAUGACCCGGCCCUGAAGCCUCUGAGCAUUAAUUAUGAACAAGCGACUUCUCGGAAGAUCCUGAACAAUGGUCACUCUUUCAACGUGGAGUUUGAUGACUCCCAGGACAAAGCAGUGCUGAAAGGAGGACCGCUAGACGGUACUUACAGGUUGAUCCAGUUUCACUUUCACUGGGGUUCCUCGGAUGAACAAGGCUCUGAGCACACGGUGGAUAAAAAGAUGUACCCUGCCGAGCUGCACCUGGUUCACUGGAACACCAAAUACGCGGAUUUUGGACAAGCGGUGCAACACCCGGAUGGCCUGGCUGUUUUGGGCAUCUUUCUGAAGAUUGGCAGUGCUAAACCAGACCUUCAGAGAGUCCUUGACAUUUUGGAUUCCAUUAAAACCAAGGGUAAGAGUGCUGAAUUCAAGAACUUUGAUCCUCGUGGCCUCCUUCCUAACAGCUUAGACUACUGGACCUACCCGGGCUCGCUGACCACCCCUCCGCUUCUGGAAUGUGUUACCUGGAUCGUGUUAAGGGAACCCAUCAGUGUCAGCAGUGAGCAGAUUAAGAAAUUCCGUAGCCUUAGCAUCAACGGAGACAACGAGCCCGAAGAACCAAUGGUGAUCAACUUCCGUCCACCCCAGCCACUGAAAAGCAGGCAAAUCAGAGCCUCCUUCAAAUAAGCUGGUCCCAGAGGUGGUUUCCAAAUGCGGAAUUCUUCAGAUGUUCCCUUUAGUUCAUUAAGUAGGUCCCUCAGCCAGUGUCCAGAUCCUGACUCCUGGGUGUUUCCCUUUAGCUGAGCACAAAUCAACCUUCGUGGUUUGGAACUUGGCUGCUUUGCACCUGGCUUUCUAGACCCUUCAUCUCUCACGUGACUUACCAAUAAAAUGUGAAGCGCUAGACUAGCUGUCAUGCCUGACGGAAAUGCUGUGACCCGCGCCUUGUGUAACAGCAGCUGCUUGUCUGUAACAGAAUAUAAGACAAGAAGUAGGAAUAGAAUUCCUUGACUAUAUUCACAACACCUACAGGUGAAGAGUAGCUUCAGUUGUUCUCUAAGACACGAUUUGAAGAACCUAGAAAGGUAGAAUAGUAGAGAGAGAAUGCCUAUCAGGAGGAAAGCUGAUCCGUGUUAGGUAAAUCAGGUAACAUAGUCAGGAUUGUAUGUAAUGUAAAUCAGAUCAGAUAAAUGUUCAUGAUUCCAAGAUGUUAUAUUUAAAAGAAAAAUCAACUUUUAAAAUUCUUAUACAUUUGUAGCCAGGUGACCGUCAAUAUGAAUUAUGUUGUAAUUUAGAGAUUUUUUAAUUACUGAGAUGUAAAUGAAGUAUUAUCUAUAAAAAUUGUUAUAAUUAUAGUUGUGAUACAGAGUAUAUUUCCAUUCAGUAAUAUAGCAUUACAUAAAUAAACAUUGUAUUUUAGAUAUAUUCUCUAAUAAAAAAAAAUCAGAAUUCCA